UCCUCAACAUAAACUUUUCUUCAUUUUACUAAGUCCAAAAUGGCUAGUGCUACCGUACACACAUCUCUCACUUUUUUCUUUCUACUUAUUUUGGGUAAGGCCUUGGCUCGCGACCCAUUUGCUUGUGAUCCUAGAGAUGCAAGGACAGCGGGGUUACCGUUCUGCCGGACAACAUUACCAAUUUCGGAAAGGGUCAAGGACUUAGUAGGAAGGUUGACGACGAACGAAAAGGUUAGGCUGCUAGUAAACAAAGCAGCGGCAGUCCCUCAUCUGGGGAUUAAAGAGUACGAGUGGUGGUCUGAGGCACUUCAUGGGGUCUCCUUUACCGGCCCAGGAGUCAUCUUUGAUGAUGACUUCUCUGGCGCCACUAGCUUCCCUCAAGUCAUUACCACUGCCGCUUCUUUUAAUGUCACAUUGUGGGAAGCAAUCGGACAGGUUGUGUCAGACGAGGCAAGGGCAAUGUACAACGGUGGUGCAGCGGGGCUCACCUAUUGGAGCCCGAACGUGAACAUAUUUAGAGACCCUAGGUGGGGCCGUGGCCAGGAGACACCCGGUGAGGACCCAAUGAUGGCUGGAGUAUAUGCAGCUAGCUAUGUCAAAGGAUUGCAGGGAAAUAACGGCGACCGCCUCAAGGUUGCUGCUUGUUGUAAGCACUUAACCGCAUAUGACCUUGAUGAUUGGAACGGAGUCGAUAGAUACCAUUUCAAUGCUAAGGUAACCAAGCAGGAUAUGGAGGACACAUUCAAUGUACCCUUCAAGAUGUGUGUAACGGAGGGUAAUGUAGCAAGUGUGAUGUGUUCUUACAAUAAGGUUAAUGGGGUUCCCACUUGUGCCGAUCCUAAUCUCCUCAAGAAGACUGUACGGUCUCAAUGGGGUCUCAACGGGUACAUUGUCUCGGAUUGUGACUCAGUUGACGUUUUUUAUAAUGCCCAACAUUAUACAUCAACACCUGAAGAAGCAGCCGCGGUUGCUAUUAAAGCAGGUUUAGACCUGGACUGUGGGACUUUUCUAGCAAACUACACAGAAAAAGCUCUAAAUAGGGGCUUGUUGAGUGAGGCUGACAUUGAUGGUGCAUUGUUUAACACACUUGCUGUCCAAAUGAGACUUGGCAUGUACGAUGGCGAGCCAUCUACCCAACCAUUUGGUAACCUAGGUCCAAGAGACGUGUGCACCCCGGCUCACCAAGAGCUCGCUUUGGAAGCCGCAAGACAAGGCAUUGUUCUUCUCAAGAAUGAUCGCCCUUCAUUGCCUUUAUCCAAUCUCCGUCACCGCACUAUUGCUGUCAUUGGGCCUAAUGCCAAUGUCACUGACACUAUGAUCGGAAACUAUGCCGGGUUUCCAUGUCAAUACACAUCUCCGCUCCAAGGAAUCAGGAACUAUGCUAAGACAAUUUACCAACCUGGUUGCGCCGAUGUAGCCUGUUCCAAUGACACUUUGUUCGGAGGGGCAAUUAAUGCCGCUCACCAAGCAGAUGCAACGGUUUUAGUAAUGGGGCUGGACCAAUCUAUAGAAGCAGAAUUCAUUGAUAGGAUAGGACUGCUUCUCCCAGGGCGCCAACAGGAUCUUGUAUCUCGAGUAGCAAUGGCCUCUAAGGGUCCAACUAUUUUGGUCUUAAUGUCUGGUGGGCCAAUUGAUGUGUCAUUUGCCAAAAAUGACCCACGCAUUUCUGCCAUUAUUUGGGCUGGGUACCCAGGCCAAGCCGGUGGUGCAGCCAUUGCUGAUGUGCUGUAUGGUACGACUAAUCCUGAAGGGAAGCUUCCUAUGACAUGGUACCCACAAGACUACGUUUCAAAUUUGCCAAUGACAGAAAUGUCAAUGCGACCAAGUUCAAUUAAAGGCUACCCCGGAAGAACAUACAGAUUUUACAAAGGUCCGGUGGUGUACCCAUUUGGGCAUGGUUUGAGUUACACCAACUUUGUUAACACCAUAGCUAGCGCUCCAAAUGUGGUGCAUGUCCCUAUCUUUGGCUGCCACCGUUCUGGAAAUUGCACCUUUUCCGACCAAUCAAUUAAGGUCAGCCACGCAAAAUGUGACAAAUUAUCAUUAGUUCUUCACGUGGAUGUUAAGAAUGUUGGGUCCAAAGAUGGUACUCACACUUUGCUAGUCUUUUCUGAGCCACCAGCUGGUCAUUUGGCACCUCACAAGCAAUUGGUUGCAUUUGAAAAAGUACAUAUUCCGGCUGGUGCUCGGCAGCGGGUAAGAAUCCACAUCCAUGUGUGUAAGUUCUUGAGUAUCAUAGAUACAGCAGGUGUGCGAAGAAUUCCAUUGGGUGUACAUAAUCUUCAUAUUGGUGAUGUUACGCACACCGUUUCGCUUCAAGCUGUAGCACAUAGGCUAAUCAAGUCUUGAUUUUCAUUUAGGGGCAAUUGGGGGAACAAUAUUGGCUAAUUAUUAUUUCCAAGGGAUGGCAAAUCUAGGCAUGCUCCUCUUGUAAUCCUUUAGUAAAAGUAUUAGAUUUUG